GCAUAAUGCUCCUAACCCCCCAGCUGCUACCCUGGCCACUUGCUCCCCGCGACAGACUGCGAACAGUUCGCGUUAUUAAUAAUUCAACCAACUCGACGCUUCCACGAGACCACGACCGGCUGAUCGCUCUGACCAGCCCAGACGCUAAUAACGCUAUACAACUGCCCUCAUUCUUAUUCAAUUUUAAAGGAACAUUAACCUCCUUUUGUGUCGCUGAUAUUGGGGAAUAAACCGACCAUCAGCAUUGAUAUUGGAACGUAGGCUAAGGCUAUCGCCUCAGCAGUCAGCAUUUUACGUGAGGAUUUUUCGACAGGUCUUUGUUGCUGAAGUGUAGGCAUUCUGGUAUCUCGGCAAUGCAAUAAUGAUUUUGAAGACGUCUCUUUCAUCUCGUACGCUUUGAGGAGGAGGAGGCGAGGGACCAGGGGACUCUCCGAUUGUGGAUCAAGAGUGAGAGAGAGGGAGAAGAGAGACGGUGGAGGAAGAGAUAGGGGUGUUGGUGUUAGUUUGGAUUCAUAUUUUGGAAACGGGAGCAGAGAGAGCUGUUAUUUUGAAGGGGGAGAAAAUACAUAAACAAAAACUUACUUUCAAUCUUAUCUCCGUCCACACAGUAUUUAGCCUAUUUGUGAGACGUUUGUUGGUGGUUCGGCGUCUCUCUCACGUCACUGAUUUGUUGCAGAACUUUCUUUCACCGCUCGGUGUUGAAGGCAGCAGGAUUUGGACUCAAACGUCUCCCGAACUUCUUGGGCCGACGACGAGCGUUGAAGAUGGAUGCAACUUGUGCUAACAAGUGAAAAGAAGAACCCAGAAUAACGACGAGAAGUGGGGAGGGAGGCUGCUGCUACGCUGUCUUUCCUUUCCAUUUCUCUCGCAGAAGAGAAGACUAACUUUUUCAAAUACCGUUUUCUGGGCCACAGGCCGACUUGUUUAAAGGACUUGUUUUUGCUUCCGGUAACAUCGAAGAAAAAACCGAGUCGCGCUCUCUCGCCCUCUUCGCUCCCUCACCCUCUCUCUCACUUUUUCUGGAAGCAGAACUUUUAAAGUAAAAUGGGUCUUUGAGAGAGUUGGCACAUCUCCCUGCGCUAUAAUGGCCACUGACACGUACCUGGUGAAUGAAGAUCCUUCCAGAGGCCCCGGGAUGCCCGAGUGUUUUCUAGUGUCUGAUUCCUACAGGGAUGAAUUCCACCCGUUCAUCGAGGCCCUGCUGCCCCACGUCCGAGCAUUCUCCUACACAUGGUUCAACCUGCAGGCCCGCAAGCGCAAGUACUUCAAGAAGCACGAGAAGAAGAUGUCCAAGGAGGAAGAGCGCGCAGUCAAAGACGAACUGCUGGGAGAAAAAUCUGAGAUCAAACAGAAAUGGGCGUCGAGACUCCUUGCCAAGCUCCGCAAGGACAUCCGGCCAGAGUUCCGGGAGGACUUUGUCCUCACCAUCACAGGGAAGAAAGCCCCCUGCUGCGUGCUCUCCAACCCCGACCAGAAGGGCAAGAUCAGGAGGAUCGACUGUCUCCGCCAGGCUGACAAGGUGUGGAGGCUGGACCUGGUGAUGGUCAUCCUAUUCAAGGGAAGCCCCCUGGAGAGUACGGACGGAGAGCGGCUGGCCAAGUCGCCCCAGUGCUCCAAUCACGGCCUGUGUGUCCAGCCGCAUCACAUCGGGGUCUCCGUCAAAGAGCUGGAUCUCUACCUGGCCUACUUUGUCCAGGCACCAGAAUCUGGACAAUCAGACAGCUCCAGCCAACAAGGAGACACAGACAUCAAGCCACCGCCCAAUGGGCACCUGAGUUUCCAGGACUGCUUCGUCACCUCAGGAGUGUGGAACGUGGCUGAGCUCGUCAGGGUGUCACAGACUCCUGUAGCCACAGCGUCUGGUCCUAACUUCUCCCUGGCUGACCUGGAGAGUCCUGGCUACUACAACAUCAACCAGGUGGCUCUGGGGCGACGCUCCCUUGCAUCCCCCCCUUCCACCAGGUACAUGUCUGAGGUCGAGCUGUACGCAAACCUUCCACGGAGCUCAAACAAGAGGAAGUCGUUAGACGACAGUGAGCUGGAGAGCCCCACGGACGACGUCUUCUACCCCGGACGCUCCCCCGCCGCAGGCUCCUCCCAGUCCAGCGGCUGGCCCAACGACAUGGACGCAGGUGGAGACCUUCAUUCCCCAUCCCCAAGCUCACACCAUGUUGACCGUCACCUGAUAAUGCAGCACCAUUUGGCCAGUGUGCAGGAGAGGAAGAUAAAACAUGAACACGAUGGAGUGCAGUUUCCUUACCAUGGACUGUCCUCGCCUGGUUCUCUUAAGAAGCCGGGGAAGUUUGAUUUCAACGCUCUGUCGCCCCAGACGAGGUCCCCCCGCAUGACGUUCACACACCACCCGCUGCCCGUGCUGGCAGGAGUGAGACCAGGGAGUCCCCGUGCCUCAGCGUCAGCUCUCCACUUCCCCUCCUCCUCCAUCAUCCAGCAGUCCAGUCCCUACUUCACCCACCCCACCAUCCGCUACCACCACCACCAGGACCCGCUCAAGGAGUUUGUCCAGUUCGUCUGCGCCGACGGCUCGGGGCAGUCCGGAGGACAGCCUAACGGAGGUGGCCACAGCCAGAGCAAAAUGCCAGGCUCCUUCCUGCUGCCCCCGCCGCCCCCAGUGGCGCGCCCCGUGCCCCUCCCCAUGCCCGAUUCUAAACCAAUCAACACGCCCCCCGACGGCGGCGGACUCAGCUCGCCCGCAUCUCCGUCAUACUCCACGCCAGGCUCCACAGCUCCCAACAGGUUUGUCAGCAUCGGAGCACGGGACAACUUUCUGAACCUCCCCCAGCAGUCUCAGUCUUGGUUCCUCUGACAAGGCCUCUGAAUCAACCGCUAAAAUUGUGUCAUAACAAAAUUGGAAAUGGAAAAACAACACAACACACAAAACAAACCAACACUGACUACAAACAAACUGCUGACACUAAAGUAUUUUUGCUCACCAACCAACCAACAACACAAAAACAGGAAAUAAACCCCCCAGAGGACUCCCCAUUUGAACCGGAACAACCAUCUCCCUAUACAGAAGGCUGAAAAGAGAUCGGUUGAAGUGGACAGACCAGAACGAACGGCAGUACGAGGAAGAGGAGGAGGAAGAAAGAUGAGGAAAUGUCACACACAAAACAUGUCAGAAAGCAAACAAAAAAAUGUAACCUGACACCUAACUGACCAAUUUCGUUUUAUUGUUGUUUUUUUAUUUUAUUUUCACAAUGAAACUCCAUGCAAUGGCUGGGAGAUCCACCCACACACAACAGUGUAAAACAAAGAUCACAAAAAACAUAAUUGGCAGAAUUUGGAAUUUGAGCUAUAGCUAAACAUUCUCACCACCCAAAAUAACCCAUUCUGUAUCCUUCAGGCUCUCAUCCUGACGGUGCUUUUUGUCCCUGAUCCCUCUCUCAUCUGUCAACCAGGUGUCCAGGGUUGCCCCGGCAACGCCCACAGCCUCACACACCCACAACCGACUGGCCUCACUGCCGCUUGAUUCGCUCAGCCCUGAAUCCCCUCCCUCCUCCCUUCUUCUGAUUGGCCAAACACAGGGACACCAUCCAAUGGUGUGACACCAUCUGCACUAGAUGGCUGGUCUUAGUUGACCCUCUUGUGAAGAGCGAUAGCCAAUAGCAUGAGCCGAGAGCGAACACAAAACAGACAGACAUAACAGACAGAGAGACAGUCAGUCAGACAGACAGUCAUACAACACUAUGUGCUCUUUCGUCCCCUCACCUAUGCACUACUGAAACAAAUAAGGGAGGAAACAGAGCGAUCCAGCAGGUCGGUGAAGGCAGUGUGGGUGGGCAAUGGGCUGUGGCUCUGGCAUCCUGGCACUCACACAUACACGCACUCACGCAGACUCAAAGCAUGUACACACAAACACACACACAGAGAUCAUCGUCUCCAGAACACACCCAUCUGGCAGACACAACUAUUCACUGACAAUAACAUAUUGUCUGUGUAUCAUUCACAGUAACAUAAUGCACGCAUAGGAUCAUCAUCAUCAUAUAAUAACUAGCUUUCUUUUUGUUUGGAGCUGUUUUCUUGCAUUUUAUUUUGUUUGCCGGAUUGGUUUUGGUUUUGUCUCACUUGGAUUUUUUUGCUUAUGUUUGACCUUCUUCUCUAAGAUUAUUUUCUUUCAUCAGCUUUUUCUUUUGCAUAAAAAAUAUAAUCUCUUUCAAUAACAGACAGAUAACUUAGUUUGCAAUAACACAAACACCAGUACAGUAACUGCAACAACACCUGCAUUGCCUCAUCCUGUAACCACAGUCCAUUCACAGUAGCGCCCAGAGGAACACACGCAGACACACCACCGCAUCAAAACGCACGCUACUAACACCAUCACCCUGAUUCGAAACACAAAGGUGAGCCUUUAUAUAUUUGUUUCUCCAAACUGCCUUUGAUAAUGGUUUUUCAUUCAUUUUGACAUGUCAUUUAAUUAAUUUGAGAUACCUUGUUUUUUUCUAUCGUAAAUGUUAUUAUUAAAUUGUUAUUGAUAUUGUAAUUUUUUUUUAUCAUGACACAAUAUUUCAAACAAAAAAAGCCAAACCUCACAAAAUAACUGGACUGCCUAGCUGUUGGUUUCUUCCAUUUGCAGGGAUAUAAUUGUCUGAGAGCCCAGGGACUCUCAGCUUCUAGUACAAUUAGCUCUAUGUACUCAAACCAUCUAUCAAAACUGUAACAAUCUAUGGAAGUGCCUCUGUACUCCCCUAUCAUGCAAUUAGUUAAAAUUCAGGUUUAUGUUUUUGUUCACAUAUAUGCUAAAGCUACAAAGAAUGGUGGUGUUUGUUUCGAUAUGGAAACCAUUGGCAAUAGGACAGAAUCUUUAUAGAAGACCGCAAAAUGUUAUAAAGAGAGAGAGAUCUUAUACAUAUAUAUUUAUGAUAUAUGCGCCUUUUUAAACUUGACUAAAAUGAGCUUGUUGGCAGUCUAGUUAUUUUCUGAACUCUUUAGCUAGCAGAAUUCCGUGAUGGACAGCACCUCACUGUUACCAUGACAAUUCAAUGACGCCCACCCAACCUCCACAAAUCUACAGUGCAGCAUUCAAAAACUCUACAAAAAUGUCCAUGAUGCAAAAUCGACAAUGGAAAAAUUGAAGAAAAAAGUGUUUGUUUUUUGAUGGAAAGUAUUAUUAUUGAAAAAUAUGUGUCGAUUGAGCCACGUGCAAUGCAUUGGGUAGAUUCAUUGUGUUUUGUCUGUUAGAGAUUUUUAAGAAAGCUAAGAAGAAAAGAGAAAAAAAAUCUAUUUGUUUCAAGUCCGACGCGCUCCUGGACUCUAAACUAACAGAGCCAUAUCCUAGUCUUUGUAAGUUGGGGGUAUUUUGUUUUUAUCUUCCUUUGUUGUCUCUUUUUUAAUGUUUAACGUGUAAUCAUUUGUUUAUAAAAAUGUUUGGAGGGGCUGAAGGAAGAAACAUUUCUUACAAAAAGUUUAAAAAAUAUUGAACAUGAAAUGAAAAACCGGUGAAAUGAAAAACCGGUACUUUUACACACUAUAAAGUACAUUCAGACUAUUACAAAAUGAAUGAUAAUGAACAAAAAUAAUGUCUACCUUUAGGAAAUGUAUUAUUCCUCUUCUCUAUUCCUAUUCCUUCUCCUGUUUGUAAUAUUGAGUGGAGGGAGGGGUUCCUAUUCCUUCUCCUGUUUGUAAUAUUGAGUGGAGGGAGGGGUUCCUAUUCCUUCCUAUAUUCCUCUAGCAGGUUGUGAAACAAAAGGCAUUUUGGUUCAACCUUUAGAUAGGACGAGAGCUGUACUGUAGGCUUAUCAAUGCCCACAACUACUUCUUCUGAUUACCCCUCUGAUUUCAAUGACAAACGGCCCAGAACUCACCAGUCCCAGUCACCCCCAAGCUACAGUAAAGACGGCUUCAAUUCCCUUUUUAUUCGAGUUUUCAGCUGAAUUCUCCCAGAUUAUUAUGCUACUUUCUCUGAGUCUGCGCAAGGAAAAAAAGAAAAAAUGUCAGCUUAGAAUUUGUUUAAUUUGAGGAGCCAGCCAGUCCAGUCAGAACCAUGAUGUAACAAUAAAAAUACAGUAGGCCUAUGCAAAGUGAGCUUCCCUCCACCCUUUCCUUCUCCACCUUCUCCCUCAUUCCCCUGUAAAUUCACCUUGACUAGUGCUUGUGCUGUAGUGUAGUUUCCCAGCAGUUAAAGGUUGUCCCUUAAAAGUGCCUUUUGUUCACAGACUCCAUUUUGUAAUCCAGAUCGCUCCCCUUUCAUUUGAAAUGUCUCAAGGUAGAGGUGGUAGUGCCCCUAAGUGCAGAUCUAGGAUCAGUUUACUGUACCACCUAUCCUGACCUGAACCAGUAGGAGGGGAUAUGCAACUGACCUUAGAUCAGUGUUUAGUGGGCAACUUCAUCCGACCUCCACCUUUGAAAAAUUAUCCCCCUCCAUUGUAUCAACCUUCCCAUAAAUCCUCUCCCUUUUCAAAAUCCGUAUAUAUAUAGUACAAAAGGAAACUGGUGUGAAUUAGUUCUUUACUUUUUAUUGAUAAAUGAUGACAAAAAAAUACUGAAAAGGCAAAAAAACUUGUUCUCGUUCUCCAUCUCUCUCUUGCUUUUUUCUUCUUCCCUCUGUCUCCUCUCCUCUCCUCUGUCUAUCUGUUCUCUUGUAGACACUGGAGUAGUCUGUAACGGUGUCCUCUCUCUCUCCUUCCCCCUCCCUACCCUCCUUCCGUUGAUGGAAGGGGUUGUUGAAAAAAAAAUGGCCGAAACGUUUUGUCUUGAGCAGAAUGCAUUUAGCUCACACGUUAUUCUUGUCUGUAUUGCCUCUUCUUCACAUUGUAUACCAUUACCCAUCCUCUUCAGCUUCUCCAUUCAAACAGCUAAUGUAAGUGAACAAAUUACACCAAUGGGCUUUUGGGGGUGCGCCUGCCCGGGGAAGGGUAGGACUGGGCGGAAGGGGUUAAGGGGGUAAAAGUCUUAGGGGGGUAAUAAUGUUGGGGUAAAGGAGAAAUUAUAGGGGAACCUUUUUGGAUGUUGGGGGGGGGGCUAAUGCUCUGCUGUGACAGGGUAAGAGUUUUUUAUUUCUCUUACUAUUUAUUUUGUUUUAUUUUAUUCCGUAAUUUUUUAUUUUUGACAUAAUUUGGAGUUUUGCUUUCAUACUUCCUAUCUAUCAGGGUAUGCCGUCAUUGAAACUCUCUAUAAGAGAGUCUUGGACUGUAAAUGAAAUGCUACAAGCACCUUAUAACUAGUGGCUGAGAAAAGGGGGGUUGCAAUACUACCAGCACACACACACCUAGUCAUGUAUCAAAUACUCUAAACUCUUGUAUUAUUAUUGUGAGGUUUUAUCUAGUGAAGCCAGCAGCAGUAUUAGCCAUUGGCAAAACACACACCACAACCCAACAUAUAGAGCCAGCAUGAACCAGGCUUGAAGCAUACUCUCUCUGUCUCUAUCUGUCCCUCUUGGGUUUAUAAAGAGAGAAGUGUAUGUAGAUAGCCUAUAGAAACUAGCCUGGUUAAACCAGACUGAACACUGCACUCACCAAGUGAAACGUAGAGAUAUCAGUUUGAAUGCCAGGCUAUAAAAACUCCCAUCUCGCCCCUGUAUCAUGCUGAAUCCGAUUUGGUUUUUUUCUGUUCCGUUUUGAGAUUUGUUUUUGUUUUGUUGUUUUUGUUUUGUUUAGUGAUGUCUAGACAGUGCGCCCUUUGACCCCCGACCCCACGCCCCCAUGCCCUCAGAGCAGCAGAGUCCCACUCAUGUCUGUGGCUCCGUCUGAAAUGGCGCCCUAUUCCCUGCAUAGUGCACUACUUUUUCACUAUUCCCAUUGGGCCCUGUUCAAAAGUAGUGCACUAUGUAGGGAAUAGGCUGCCAUUUUGAAUACAUCCCAUGUCUUUGUGUAUAAGAAACACCCCCAGAGCUCUAUAGGUGAAAUGCAUGUGUUAAUUACAGUUUCUUUUCCAUAAGAAGAAAAACACAGUUUGAGAGGAGCAGCACCUUGAUUGAAUAAAAGGAUCUUCUUGACUGUA